AGUUAAACCGCAAAAAAAACGUUUUUUUUCACUACCUACCUAAUUUUCCUUCCUUUUCAAUUUUUCUGCUUCAUAUCAAAGAGGAAGAAGAAGAUUUAAUUUUGAUUUGAAGAAAUUAAUAAAGAAUGGGUUUUGAUUAAUAGAUAUGGCUACAGAGACAAAGCAGAGUGUGGCGGCGGUUAAGGUCCGGCCAGGCGGUGGUUCUUCUUCUUCUUUGAAAAGACCGAUUGAAACCUCUAACAAACAGCAACAGAGACCAGCUGCUUCUGAUUCUAAGCUUAAAUCUAUAUCAACUCUUACUAAAACAGAGGUAAAAUCAAAAACAGCACCCAGUUCAUCGAAGACGACGACUAUUACAACUGCUAAAACGACAACAAAAUCUAGAGUGAGGGAGAAAAAAGUGUUCUCUUUGGCUGGCCAAAAAUAUGACCCUCCUGAGGAGAGGGAACCCCUUAGGAUAUUCUACGAGUCAUUAUCUCAGCAGAUACCGAGUAGUGAGAUGGCAGAAUUUUGGAUGAUGGAGCACGGCUUGCUAUCCCCAGAGAGAUCGAAAAAGGCCUACGAGAAGAAACAGAGAAAGCAAAAGAUGCAACGAAUGGGAACUCCAAUUAAAUCCGCCAAACCACUCAGCAAACCAGAAAGUUCUCAGAGGCAGCAACAGGCAUCACGGAAUGGUGAAUUAAAGCCUAAGAAGCGACUCAUGGAUGACGAUGAAGAUGAUGACUUCAUUUUAAGUCCCAAAAGAAGAAAAGGGUAAGAAAGUAUAGUCACUUUUAUAUUUGUAAUACAGAAAGGUGUAAUCUUUUUAGUAAUCACCUCAUUUAGAUUUCUUUACAUUGAACUGCCAAAAGGCAGAAACUCUGAACAGAUAGAUUGAGACAUUCUUUAUAUUGUAUAACUUCUUUAAACAAUAAUCAUAGAAUAAUUUCCGAGUUCUUGCUCA